AUGGCAGAUGAGCCCAUUCUAGGGCUGUUUGAUGGCGAGACCAAUUUUCUAGACGAACUUACUGGGUCUGCUACUGGAGAAUUGGGCAGCUCUCCAGGGUUAGGCCAUGGAGGUUUAAUGGGAGAAUCAGACGCUGGAAUGCAAGGCCUGAUGUUGGAAAACCAAACUCCAGGGACAAGUAUGGCAGGCUCUUACCAGUCAGGCAUCGGUCAGGAUGGACCAUCUUACGGGGACAUGCACUGCUCUCAGGUGGGCAUGUUAGGCCAUCAGCAGUAUACAGCUGACCAGUAUGUUCAGUAUUCCAAUCCUAUGCCAAAGAUUGGUCAUACCCAAGGGAUGAUGAUAGUACCUGGAGGACAACAGCAGCAGCAGCAACAUAUGCAACCUCAGCAAGGACCUUUUAGUCCGUCUGUGGGCAUGAUGACUCAGCAGCAAGCAGGAUAUGGUGGCUAUGGGAUGGGUCCACUUGGGCACCCCCAGCAGCCAGCCAUGUCCCAGAUGUCUCCCAUGAUGUCCCCAAGUGCAGGCUGGAACCAGGCCCAGACUAGUCCUAAUCAUUCGCACGGCCAGUUCAUGUCCAGUGGGCCCCAGAGUCACAUGUCUCCUUUUAUGAACCACUCACAGCAGAUUCCGCAGGGCUACCACCCACAGCAGAUGUCUCAGAUGAAUGCGUACACUCCUACAAAUCAGAUGGCAUCAACUGUAUCUCCAUACAUACAUUCACCCAAUCCCAUGCAGACAGGAAUGGCAAGCCCACCUGCUUCAGUAAACAUGAUCAAUCAGCUACCUCCUAGAGGUGGCUCAUAUCCGCAUCAGGUUCCUGCCCCUCAGCAUACCUCCAUGGUACAGGGAGGGUACAACACGCAGAUCAGUCAAAGCAUGUCAGCUGCUUCACAGUAUGCAGGUGACAUCAUGACUUCACAUAACCAGAGCCAGAUCAACUCAGGAAACAUAGCCCAGCACUACCCGCCCUAUACUAGCAACCAGCAGCCAAGAUCAGAUGGCUCCAUUGCAGUGUCUCACUACACAGGUCAGAAUUCUGCCCAAACUUACUGUCCUCCUUAUCCCCCUGUUGCCCAGGCCCGACCUAACAAUGCAACCUCCUCCCCACGUCCCACUCCCCCUCCACAAUCAAUCACACCCAAUCACAGCAGCAGCUCUCAGGGAUCCUACGGUCAGUCCAGUCUCCAACAGCUGGAGCAGCUUGUCACACCCAGCGUUGGAGGAAGCAAUCCGUACCAGCAGCUCAUGCAGCAGAGUUCUGGCUCCCCCACAGGGGGUUCAGUCCUGCAAGGACAGCCUCCACAGGGCCCAAUAUAUAGCACUUCAAACUUUCCAACCACUACGGUUUCCUCGACAGUCACCAUGGGAGGUAGUAUGCAAGCUACUAGUGGCAUGAACACUAAUCAGGGACACCUCGCCAUGCAAGGACAACUAACUAUGCAGAACAACCCUACCAUGACCGUCUUCUCAGGACCAGUUCAAGGCCAGAUAAUACUUGCACAAUCCAGUGGCCCUUUAAGUCCCAAUCAAGGGAUCAUCCCCCAGAACAACAUGGAGAUUCAAAGACUGGAGCAGCAGUUACAACAGCUCGUGAACUUGCCACAGAACCAGCAAAUUUCACAGCAGAUUUUGGACAUUCAAGAGAGACUGAGAAUCCUUCAUUCGCAGCACCAGCUUCACAUGCCCCAGCAGCAGCUUGCUUCAAAUCCACAGAUGCACCAGCAGAACAUACAGAUGCUUCAGCAUGCAUCUCCCCAGCAACUGCCUCGGUUGCCUGGGGGAAAUGUCCGCUUGCAGCAGCCGCAGCAACAACAGAUGAUGCCUCAGACAACUCAGAUCCGACCCAUCAGAGCAGGGCACCCUCACAUGCAGCUGUCACAGUUAAAUGGCCAGUCGAUCCAAAUACAGCAUCAGAUGUUCUCCAGAAGUCCAGGUUUGGGCCUUGACCAGAUGUCAGCAGGCCAGUUAACAAGUUCUAUGAAUCAGCAGUCCAUGUCAUCACCUCAGAAGAUUCAACCCUUCCAGAGUCCAAGUUCUACAAGUCAGAUGGACAGUGGUCAGCAGAAGCCUAUCUCUAAGGCACACCUAGUGACCAUCCAGCCUGCUGACUCACUGACAGUUGACUCUGCCCCAUCAUUUCCAGACAGUUUACAGAUCAGCCCACCAAAGCUGGAUGGCUUUCACAUGCCCUUGCUUGACCAGCUAGAGAACGAACUCUCUUCCACUCAGGACCAAAGCUGUGGUUUAUCCCACAUUAGCAUCGGCCAGAUGGCUGUCUCUUCAGAUUCUAUGCCCACAACAAUCACAGAAAUUGCAGAGGCCCAGGAAGGUCAGGGAGAAAAACCAAAGAGAAAAAGGCAGCGUAAGCCGAAACCUGAGAAAGCAGUAGAGGAAUUGGGACCAGACGGAGAGCAGAUCCCAAAAGAAAAGAAGAAAAGGAAGCCCAGAGAGCCGAAAGAACCGAAACCACCGAAAGAGCCCAAACCACCCAAGCAACCGAAACCACCUAAAGAACCAAAGCCCCCUAAGGAACCAAAACCUAGGAAGCCCAGAGUACCGAAAGAACCAAAGGAACCAAAAGAACCAAAGGAACCGAAAGAACCCAAAAUACCUAAGGAAUCCAAGCCAAAGACGCCACGAGUUCGUAAGAAGAAAGAGAAAGAAGCAUCCGAAGUGGAUGUAGUUGUUGUUGUUGCUCCUGUUGAUGAGACUCCAGCUGUUGUACCAGAUAUUGUUGUGCAGGAUGUUGUGGCAGCGACAGGAAGUGAUGUUAGUGUGUGUGGACUUGAAAGCUCUCUAGAAUCAAGCAAUAUGGCAGAUGUUUCUAUAAUAUCUGUUGUUUCUAUGGCAGAGGAGGGGGUUGUUGAGGAAGUUGUGGACAUGUCUUUGGUAACAGACCCAGACACUUUAGUAGAGAAGGUAAAGACUCCCAAAACAAAGAAGCCAAGAGCGCCUAAAACAUUAAAAAUCAAAACAAAGAAGAAGAGGACCCCAGCAGCGCUGUUGUUGAAGGGGAAGAAAAGGAAAAGAAAUAAUUCAGGUUCUGACGUGGAGCUCGGUGGCGGUGACGCUGAUGCUUCGGGGGAAAUAGACCUAAAUAUUGAAAAACGAAGGUCAGCUCGAAAUACAAAACGGACUAAAUAUGUCGAUGACAUAGAUUUGAAUUUGUCUGAUGAAGAUAAGAAUGACGAUGGGGAUGUUUCUGAUGCGCCAGUUACCAUGAAGAGGGAGUCGGAUGAAGAUGCGUUAUUGAUAGAGAAAAUAUUAGGGGAGAGAUUUAGAAAGCCAGAAACAGAUCCUACUGAUGUGAAAGAAGGGGAAAUUGAAUUUUAUGUGAAGUAUAAGAAUUAUUCAUACCUGCAUUGUGAGUGGAAGACUCAGGCAGAAUUAGAAAAAGGUGACCGCAGAGUGUUCUCAAAGAUUAAGCGGUAUCGAAUGAAGAAGGCUAUGAGUUACUUUGAAGACGAUGAGGAUGAAUUGUUCAAUCCCGAUUAUGUGGAAGUGGAUCGUGUGUUGGAUAUGAUGGUGUCAAAAGAUCCGGACACGGAUGAGGAGGUGAAGCAUUACCUCGUGAAGUGGAGGAGCCUCUCUUACGAGGAGGUCACCUGGGAACUGGCUCAGGAUGUAGACUUGAAGAAAGUGGAGAUGUAUAUGAAGUUUCGAGUUCCUCCCCCUGAGGAGGAGAGGAAAGUGUUUGCUCGGCCAAGACCUGGUCAGUGGCGGAAGCUGGAGGAGACACCCGUGUACAAGAAUGGCAACACCCUGAGGGAGUACCAGCUGGAAGGAGUCAAUUGGCUGUCCUUCUGCUACUACAAUGGUCAGAACUGUAUCCUGGCCGACGAGAUGGGUUUGGGAAAAACCAUUCAGAGCAUUACUUUCCUCAACGAAAUUUACCAGUAUGGCAUUAAAGGCCCCUUUCUGGUCAUUGUUCCUUUGUCUACUGUGGGCAACUGGCAGCGUGAGUUUGAAACCUGGACAGACAUGAAUGUGGUAGUGUUUCAUGGUACGUCGCUCAGCCGUAACAUGAUCAAAGAAUACGAACUGUUCUACAAGGAUGAUAAGGGGCAGCGGAUCCCGGAUAUUUAUCGGUUCGAGGCCUUGAUCACCACUUUUGAGAUUAUCCUCACAGAUUUUGAUCUGUUGGCGGACAUUGAUUGGAGAUGUACGAUUAUUGAUGAAGCUCACAGACUCAAAAACAAGAACUGUAGACUCCUGGAAGGUCUUCGGCUGUUUGAUUUGGAACAUCGGGUGUUACUGACAGGCACCCCCUUACAAAAUAACACAGAGGAGCUGUACAGUUUGCUGAACUUCUUGAGCCCCAACAAGUUCAACUGUUCCGAGAGCUUCAUCAAAGAGUUUGGUGAUUUGAAGACUGAGGAACAAGUGGAUUCACUAAAAGAGAUCUUGAAGCCAAUGAUGUUGCGACGUCUUAAGGAGGAUGUGGAAAAGAACUUGGCCCCGAAAGAGGAGACUAUCAUUGAGGUGGAGCUGACAAACAUCCAGAAGAAGUACUACAGAGCCAUUCUGGAGCGCAACUUUCAGUUCCUGUCCAAGGGCACCAACAGUGCGGUGCCAAGUCUGAUGAACACCAUGAUGGAACUGAGGAAGUGUUGCAACCACCCCUUUCUCAUUAAUGGAGCCGAAGACAAGAUCCUGGAAGAGGCCCGUGAGAAGCACUACGACGACCAUGAGAUCAUGGUCACCUCCAUGGUACAGUCAAGCGGCAAGAUGGUGCUGAUGGAUAAACUGUUGCCCAGGCUGAAGUCUGCCGGACACAAGGUGCUUAUCUUCUCACAGAUGAUACGGGUGCUUGAUAUCAUUGAGGAUUACAUGAUUCAGAAAAAGUACUUGUAUGAACGACUAGAUGGACGAAUCCGAGGCACUGUUCGUCAGGAGGCUAUUGACCGCUUCUCCAAACCAGACUCUGACCGGUUUGCCUUCCUGCUGUGUACCAGAGCUGGAGGGUUGGGCAUCAACCUGACAGCUGCGGACACUGUGGUCAUCUAUGACUCUGAUUGGAACCCUCAGAAUGAUCUACAGGCUCAAGCUCGCUGCCACAGAAUCGGACAGAGCAAGUCGGUGAAGGUGUACAGGCUGAUCACUCGUAACUCCUACGAGAGGGAGAUGUUUGACAGAGCCUCUUUGAAACUGGGUCUGGAUAAAGCAGUGCUGCAAUCCAUGACAGCGGAUAAACCUAUUAAUCCUGCCAGCCAGUUGUCCAAGAAAGAGAUCGAAGACUUGCUGAAGAAGGGAGCCUAUGGUGCUCUCAUGGAAGAUGACAACACUGGGGACACCUUCUGUGAGGAGGAUAUUGAUCAGAUCCUCCAAAGAAGAACCAAGGUUAUCCAGAUAGAAUCUGAAGGCAAGGGAUCCACAUUUGCCAAGGCCAGCUUCACCAUGACAGAAAACAGAAGUGACAUUGAUAUCAAUGACCCCGAGUUCUGGCAGAAGUGGGCCAAGAAAGCAGACAUUGAUACAGAGGCUAACAACAAAAAGAGUGAGCUAAUCUUAGCAGAGCCACGCCAGCGUCGACAAACAAAUCGCUAUGGCAACGAUGAAACAGCCCUGGAGAUCAGUGACCUUGAAACAUCGUCAGGAACCGAAGACGAGAAUGGGAGCAAGAUUUGCAAGAAGAUGCGGAAAACUCGUAGCAGAACCAGGAAUGCUGAUGAAGACUUUGAUUAUGCAAAUGAGAUUCCAGGAGAGAAGUACGAUAGGUCCGAAUGUUUCAAGGUGGAGAAACUGCUUCUGGUUUAUGGCUGGGGAAGAUGGUGUGACCUGUUGAAACAUGCACAUUUCAAGCGGAGGCUGACAGAAGACGACGUCCUCAUGAUAGCCAGAGCUAUUCUUGCACAUUCCCUCAAAUUUUACAAAGGAGAUGAGAAAAUCAAAAAUUUUAUUUGGGACCUGGUGUCGAUAAAACAGGAAGGUGAACUGAAGAACCAUUCAGGCCUAUCGGCUCCAGUACCCAGAGGUCGCAAAGGAAAGAAGAGGAAGGAAAACCUCAACUUUCUUGCCGACCAGGACAAGCCCCUGGACUUUGACCCAGAAGUUGUGCUCGACAAUGGCUACAAGAGACACCUACAUCGGCACUCCAACAAAGUUCUGCUUCGAGUCCGGCUGCUGUAUUAUAUUAGACAAGAAUUGAUUGGUGACGAGGCAGACAAAGUCUACCAGAAUUUACCACAUACAGAGAUUAACAUUCCACAACCAAUCCUGGAAGGAGAAGUGCCAACUCCCUGGUGGGAUGAGGAAGCUGACAAGUCCCUCAUCAUCGGAGUGUUCAAGUACGGGUAUGAGAAGUACAACUGCAUCCGUUCGGAUCCAUCGUUAUGCUUCUUGACAAAGUGUGGUCCUCCAGAUGGGGCUGCAUUGUUGGCAGAACAAGAGGAUGAUAA